AAUGUGGCACCACAGGCCAAUAGUAAGGGGAAGCGAUUUCAAAUGUCCAAUCAGAGCUGUUCCAGGGCGGAGUCUACCAAUGCCGAAAGCGAGGAGGCGGGGUAAAAAAGAGAGGCCGAAGGUAGGCUGGCAGAUACGUUCGUCAGCUUGCUCCUUUCUGCCCGUGGACGCCGCCGAAGAAGCAUCGUUAAAGUCUCUCUUCUCCCUGCCGUCAUGUCUAAGUCAGAGUCUCCUAAAGAGCCCGAACAGCUGAGGAAGCUCUUCAUUGGAGGGUUGAGCUUUGAAACAACAGAUGAGAGCCUGAGGAGCCAUUUUGAGCAAUGGGGAACGCUCACGGACUGUGUGGUAAUGAGAGAUCCAAACACCAAGCGUUCCAGGGGCUUUGGGUUUGUCACAUAUGCCACUGUGGAGGAGGUGGAUGCAGCUAUGAAUGCAAGGCCACACAAGGUGGACGGAAGAGUUGUGGAACCAAAGAGAGCUGUCUCAAGAGAAGAUUCUCAAAGACCAGGUGCCCACUUAACUGUGAAAAAGAUAUUUGUUGGUGGCAUUAAAGAAGACACUGAAGAACAUCACCUAAGAGAUUAUUUUGAACAGUAUGGGAAAAUUGAAGUGAUUGAAAUCAUGACUGACCGAGGCAGUGGCAAGAAAAGGGGCUUUGCCUUUGUAACCUUUGACGACCAUGACUCCGUGGAUAAGAUCGUCAUUCAGAAAUACCAUACUGUGAAUGGCCACAACUGUGAAGUUAGGAAAGCCCUGUCAAAGCAAGAGAUGGCUAGUGCUUCAUCCAGCCAAAGAGGUCGAAGUGGUUCUGGAAACUUUGGUGGUGGUCGUGGAGGUGGUUUCGGUGGGAAUGACAACUUCGGUCGUGGAGGAAACUUCAGUGGUCGUGGUGGCUUUGGUGGCAGCCGUGGUGGUGGUGGAUAUGGUGGCAGUGGGGAUGGCUAUAAUGGAUUUGGUAAUGAUGGUGGUUAUGGAGGAGGCGGCCCUGGUUACUCUGGAGGAAGCAGAGGCUAUGGAAGUGGUGGACAGGGUUAUGGAAACCAGGGCAGUGGCUAUGGCGGGAGUGGCAGCUAUGACAGCUAUAACAACGGAGGCGGAGGCGGCUUUGGCGGUGGUAGUGGAAGCAAUUUUGGAGGUGGUGGAAGCUACAAUGAUUUUGGCAAUUACAACAAUCAGUCUUCAAAUUUUGGACCCAUGAAGGGAGGAAAUUUUGGAGGCAGAAGCUCUGGCCCCUAUGGCGGUGGAGGCCAAUACUUUGCAAAACCACGAAACCAAGGUGGCUAUGGCGGUUCCAGCAGCAGCAGUAGCUAUGGCAGUGGCAGAAGAUUUUAAUUAGGAAACAAAGCUUAGCAGGAGAGGAGAGCCAGAGAAGUGACAGGGAAGCUACAGGUUACAACAGAUUUGUGAACUCAGCCAAGCACAGUGGUGGCAGGGCCUAGCUGCUACAAAGAAGACAUGUUUUAGACAAAUACUCAUGUGUAUGGGCAAAAAACUCGAGGACUGUAUUUGUGACUAAUUGUAUAACAGGUUAUUUUAGUUUCUGUUCUGUGGAAAGUGUAAAGCAUUCCAACAAAGGGUUUUAAUGUAGAUUUUUUUUUUUUGCACCCAUGCUGUUGAUUGCUAAAUGUAAUAGUCUGAUCGUGACGCUGAAUAAAUGUCUUUUUUUUAAUGUGCUGUGUAAAGUUAGUCUACUCUGAAGCCAUCUUGGUGAAUUUCCCCAACAGUGUGAAGUUAGAAUUCCUUCAGGGUGAUGCCAGGUUCUAUUUGGAAUUUAUAUACAACCUGCUUGGGUGGAGAAGCCAUUGUCUUCGGAAACCUUGGUGUAGUUGAACUGAUAGUUACUGUUGUGACCUGAAGUUCACCAUUAAAAGGGAUUACCCAAGCAAAAUCAUGGAAUUACUGGUUAUAAAAGUGAUUGUUGGCACAUCCUAUGCAAUAUAUCUAAAUUGAAUAAUGGUACCAGAUAAAAUUAUAGAUGGGAAUGAAGCUUGUGUAUCAUCCAUUAUCAUGUGUAAUCAAUAAACGAUUUAAUUCUCUUGAA